AUGUUCUCCCUCCACGCCACGGUUGCUCAGAUAAUCAGUCAGAACAAUGACGCUGUGUGUUUGCUCAGGAUGAAAGACUAUGGCAGAGCCACCACUCUGUUUUCUUCUUGUGUCCAUGCUCUCAAUGUUCUGGUUGCCUGCAGUGAAGAUCCUAACAAUGGCGACAUGUUCCUGCCAGACUACCAAUUCUUCUACUGUCCUCUGCCAGCCGCUGCUCGUGUAUCUGCCAGAAGCGAAGAAGAUUUGAAGGGCGCUUCACACUUUGUCUUUGAAGCGCCCAUUUGGAUUGCCGAAGGUCCGGAUCGCACCAAGACUGAUACAGCUACAUCUACAGCUACAUCUACUACUCAAAUCCUGAACCGCCUCUCCUUUGGAAUUGUGUACAAUGCAGGAUUGGCGUUUCACAUUGGUGCUCUGCUUCAUCGAGAAGUCGAGCCAUUGGACCAUACCGUGUUCCGGAAGAGUCUGCACAAGGCACUGCAGUUUUAUCACGGUGCCUUUGUCUUGGGACACAACAGCUCCUCCUCAUCCGCACCCAUUAGUGCCCCUGGGUCCAUGGAAGCACUGUCCAUUGUCAACAAUCAGGCACACAUCUAUCAUCUCCUGGGACACUACACAGGGGCACAACAGUGUCAGGAAAUUCUCAUGAGUCACAUCAUGUAUGCCGCGGGCAACAGCAGCAGUUACGAUGAUGGGAGUCGGGAACGAAUGGCCCUAUACAUUGAUCUCUUUCUACACACUGCCACAUACUCUACCCGUUCUGCGGCAGCCGCAUAG